UCACCUUAGGCCUCAGGCUCAAUGACGUUUCAUAACUGUACUCUGUUUCGGACUUUCAUUCAACUUUCAUCUUAUUUGUCAUUUUGACAUAUUCAUUCUAUCAAAACAUUUUGUAGAAUUUUUAGUUUGCGUAUGUGAUAUUUAAUUUUAACGACAAGUUAUUCUACAUUUUUUUUUUUGAACGGAAGAGCGUGGAAAGUGUGUUAUUUUAACGUGAAGUUCCUUUAAACCGCCAAAAUUGCUUCCAAAAUGCAAGGCGUCAGUGCUCCACGGGAGCCUGCGCCAGUUCUAAGCACCAGUUCGACUAUCCUAAACAUGAGAGAAAAGGAGAAAUACAUCGAAGAUUUCGACUUCCCGUUCUGCGAUGAAUCUUCUAAAUACGAGAAAGUCGCAAAAAUCGGUCAGGGAACCUUCGGAGAAGUGUUCAAAGCGCGUGCUAGGAACAGUAACAAAAAGUUCGUUGCAAUGAAAAAAGUUCUCAUGGAUAACGAGAAAGAAGGUUUUCCGAUCACAGCCCUGCGAGAGAUAAAGAUAUUACAGCUUUUGAAACACGAAAAUGUCGUAAAUUUGAUAGAAAUAUGCAGAACUAAGGCGACACUACACAACAAAUACAGAUCAACAUUUUAUUUAGUAUUUGAUUUUUGUGAACACGAUCUAGCCGGUUUAUUAUCAAAUGUAAAUGUAAAAUUUAGUUUAGGUGAAAUAAAAAAGGUAAUGCAGCAGUUACUAAACGGAUUAUACUACAUUCACAGUAAUAAAAUCUUACACAGAGACAUGAAAGCUGCUAAUGUGCUCAUAACCAAAAAUGGAAUACUAAAACUGGCUGAUUUUGGAUUAGCGAGAGCGUUCAGUGUUGCUAAAUCAGGACAAGCUAAUAAAUAUACAAAUAGAGUGGUAACACUCUGGUACAGGCCUCCUGAAUUAUUAUUAGGUGAUCGUAACUACGGUCCCCCAGUUGAUAUGUGGGGAGCCGGUUGCAUCAUGGCUGAGAUGUGGACUCGAUCACCUAUUAUGCAGGGACCGACAGAACAGCAGCAACUAAUAUUAAUAUCGCAGUUGUGCGGUUCCUGCACCCCAGAUGUCUGGCCCGGCGUUGAAAAUUUAGAUUUGUACAAUAAGAUGGAAUUACCUAAAGGUCAGAAGAGGAAGGUUAAGGAAAGGCUUAGGCCAUAUGUGAAGGAUCCAUAUGGCUGCGAUUUACUUGAUAAAUUACUGCAAUUGGAUCCGGCAAAAAGAUAUGACGCAGAUACAGCUUUAAACCAUGAUUUCUUCUGGACCGAUCCGAUGCCGUGUGACCUCGCCAACAUGCUAGCACAACACACUCAGAGCAUGUUCGAGUACCUCGCCCCUCCACGCCGGCCUGGACAUCUCAGGCACCAUCACCACCCCCCAGGGGCUCAGCCCAAACCGACCCAACCCUCACAAGACUCGGGCUACCAGGACAGAGUGUUCUAAAUGUGUCAAUCAAGAUUAAGUUCUAACUGCCUCAACUCGAGUGUUAAUGAUUAUUAAGUCAGGAAUCAGCCUUAACGAAAUCAACACUCGCAGGAUUCUGGCUGGAUAGUGUUCUAAAUGUGUUAAAAAUUAAUCGGUACGGGUUCAACACAAGACUCGGAAUACUAGGAAAGAAUUUGUUAAAAAUGAUAAUUAAUUAUCAAAGAGGGUUUUUAAUAAAAUUUGGAUAAGUUGGUUGUGAUAUGUGAUCGUCUGUAUGUUAUCUUUAAUCACGAAAUCGUUUAUGGGAACAGGGCGUAUUUUUUGUGACCUAAUGUUUAUAAGGAGGUCGCUGUAGUGUCACAAAAGUAGGGCUCCGAUAGCUUCUAGGCCCUAUUGGUACAUGCUAUUCUUCACUGCUUAAUCUUCUUCAUGCCUUUUUCAUUUUCCAGGCUAUAUUCCAUUGUAUAUGUUAUUUUGGCCAUCAAAAGCCUUGUACGAGUAAAUGAUGUAACACCAAA